AUGGCCGAGUUCCUCUACAGGCACAGAGGCCGCGAGCAAAGGCCGCCAGCCAUCGCGCUUACUAUCCUCGUCGCUACCGAUAUUUCCCUCGAUAUUUAUUCCGUCGCCAGGGCCAAGAAGAAAUGGCAAGCCUUGGCCUUGAUUGCCCGCUUACUCAACGGGCUAGGCUACAUUGCCAUGUUCCUGGUUUAUGUCGGCUUCCGCGAAGUGUUCCCGCACGGUUAUACUUACUGGGGAAUGACUUCAGGAUUCUCGGACCCUGUCGUUUACCUUCUCCUAUGGAACGAGGCCAAAUGA